GUUAUUAUACAACACAAUCUAUUUUAUGCUGUCAGAAUUUAUAUAUAUAUAUAUAUAUUUUCUAUCGUCAAUUUUCCCUGUAUCAGUUUUAAUUUCAAUUUUAAUAAAAUGAGUGCAAAUCUAAAUUUGCAUAAAGUAAAAUUUACUAUGUUGGCGAGAAAUCGACGUGUAAAAUCAUUGUUUGAUUUACGAAAAACGCGAAGAUCGCAAGUAUUUUUGGGCCAUCGUUUUCGCCAUUUCAUUUCAUCAGAUGAUCGCAUUCGCAUCUGUUUUCAAACAUUAUGGGAGCAUUUGAAUUCAAUCACAUGUUAUUCGGAGGAGCAAAAAUUUACAACACUUUUAUUGGUUAUGAUAAAACAAACGCCACAAAUCACCGAUUUUAUACGCAUCGAUGCGGCUGCCGAAAUUAUGGAACAUAUUAAUGACGAACAUAGCGUACUUGUGUCAAGCAUUUGUUACAUUCUCAAUGAAAUUGGCAUCAAUUAUUUGCUUGAAAAUAAAAAAAACAUUUACAUACAAUUUGAAUGUGAUACGCUAACAUUUCGUCCAAACCUCAAUUCAAUUAGUAACGUGAUGGUUGAAUUACUUGCCCGGCUACUGUAUACAUUCAGCAAUCGUUGUCAAACCGAAAAAAUUCCAUUCACCAAAGACAUUUUAUACAUAUUUGAAUUGUGCUAUCAACGAUUUGGCCAGUAUGGUGAUGUCAUUAGACAGAAUUUACACACAUUAUUGGCACUAACACAGGGAAUCGGACGAUUUGAACGUACACAAACCAUUUGCAAUUGUGAAUCAUUAAUGCUUAGAUUGAUGGCACAGCACAUGCAUGACACGGAUGAUGCAUUAAUUGUACUUAAAAUUUCAAAUAGCAUUUGCAAAGGUUUCCCAGAGAAUAUACCGUUUUUAUUGAAAUGUCAUCUACUUGAUCAUUUGAAAGUACAAUUGGCCAACACAAAUGGGCCACGGUAUGAAAUUGUUGAAGAAUCACUUUCGAUUUUGGAAAAUAUUUGUGGCAAUCAUCGAAGCGACAUACAAGCGGUUAUUGAUCAUGAUCUCAUUUUGCCACUUAUCAACGCAUGUGUGUCACCUGCAGACAAUGUUGCUAACCAUAAUUUACAAAAAAUCGCAUUAAAUGCACUGUACAACAUUUCCACUCUGGGAAGCAUUGAACAAAUUAGAGUUCUUCUAAAUCUAAAAUUGUUGGAUAUAUUAUGCAAUCAUCUUAGCCAAAUCAAUUCCCAUGAAGAAAUUUUAGAAAUUUCACUUGCGAUGCUGAAUACAAUUUUGGUAGACUUUUAUCGAAAAGACCAUCAUGCAUUCCACAGAGUGUCGAACAAGAUCAUUGAACGUGGUAGUUUUUUGCCAAUUAAACGGCUAACAGCGAACUACGAUAACAAAUCCAUUUCAAGAAUGGCAAAUGAAAUAAUCAAAUACUCCGAGGGAACAUGCGAAAAAUGUUAUCAAAUGACUACGCCGGAGAUAUUCGAAACAAUGCAACAAUGAUCGCGAAAUAAAGUCGAGGCUUGCAUAUAAAAACCAAAUUGUAUAUCUAGAACGAAAAUUAUAUAGAGAAAAACGUAUUAUAGCACAUUGUGUGCAAUAUCGAACAAAUGUUUAUUAAUGACAAAUUGAAUUGUUUCAAUUAAAUUAACCAAGUGCAUUUUUGGCAACAACAAAACAUUUAAAUUUAGAAAAGUCUACCUAAUAUGACGAUAGAAACGACUAAAUAUUUUUUUUUAUAAAUUAACUGUUGAUAUUUUUAAAAUUAUUACUACUUUACAAAAGAAAAGCGGAAAUUCGAGUGUAAUUUGUGAAUUUUAUAAAGUGUUAUUUUAUUGUAGUAUAAGUGCGAAAAUUUGAGAAAUAUUUUUUACUGAUGAAGAAAAUUAUAAUAUAAAGAAUAAAUUUUCUAUUGAUUGUUUUCCAGGGCAUAUAUCUUAAUCUGCAUGAGCUAUGUAUAUUGAGUGCCUGAUUGGACGAAAAAUAA